UACGAAUUCACUCAAGGUCAAAGUGGCUUAGUAACCACAUUAAAACCUAUUGUCGAACAUUGGUCUUACCCUCAGUUCGCAAAGGCAGUCCUUGACAACUACAACAAAUUCUUCUCCGAAGUCAAAUCCAAAGUGAAGGUUUACUAUGAGAACAUUGACGCACUCAUGACGAACGAAGAAGGAUACAACAAACUCAUUGAAAUGGGAAUGGUCGGUGAAAAGAUGGGUCAAUUCAAAUUGGACAAAAUUUUCACCGAAGUUCAUGUCCUCUCCAAGCGUAAGUACUGGGGCAUACUUGAAGACGGCACAGAAAUAAAACAUUGCAUGAAGUAA